GGAAAUGCUAGAACUAGUGAUCUCACCCAGCCUCGCUGCAAACAGCCACUGCCUGGAUAAACCCACGGGGAACGGAGCUGCUGCUGCCGCCGGGCAAACGCCAGGGGACCACAAAGGCCUCCCCAGAUUGACUCCUCCCAGCGUGUCCCAGUUCUUGGCAAGGCCUGGCCCACGUGUCCUGUCCAGCCCAGCAUCCUCAGCCAUGGCAGCCUACGGCCAGACGCAGUACAGUGCGGGCAUCCAGCAGGCUGCCCCCUAUGCAGCUUACCCGCCUCCCACACAAGCCUACGGGAUCCCCCCUUACAGCAUCAAGACAGAAGACAGUCUGAACCAUUCCCCCAGCCAGAGUGGAUUUCUCAGCUAUGGCUCCAGCUUCAGCACCGCGCCCACUGGACAGAGCCCGUACACCUACCAGAUGCACGGCACAGCAGGCAUCUACCAGGGAGCCAAUGGACUGACCAAUGCGGCCGGAUUCGGGAGCGUGCACCAGGACUACCCUGCCUACCCCGGCUUCCCUCAGAGCCAGUACUCCCAGUAUUAUAGCUCGUCCUACAACCCUCCCUAUGUCCCAGCCAGUGGCAUCUGUCCUUCGCCCCUCUCCACGUCCACCUACGUCCUCCAGGAGGCAUCGCACAGUGUCCCCAGCCAGAGCUCUGAGUCACUCGCGGGUGAAUACAACACACACAACGGACCUUCCCCAGCAGCCAAAGAUGGAGACACAGACAAGCCGAACCGGGCCUCCGACGGGAAGCUCCGGGGCCGGUCUAAGAGGGGCAGUGACCCCUCCCCAACAGGGGACAGUGAGAUCGAGCGUGUGUUCGUGUGGGACUUGGAUGAGACGAUAAUUAUUUUUCAUUCCCUACUCACUGGGACUUUUGCGUCCAGAUACGGGAAGGACACCACAGCAUCCGUGCGCAUCGGCCUGAUGAUGGAGGAGAUGAUCUUCAACCUGGCAGACACGCACCUGUUCUUCAAUGACCUGGAGGACUGUGACCAGAUCCACGUGGAUGAUGUCUCCUCAGACGACAAUGGCCAAGAUUUAAGCACCUACAAUUUCUCCACCGACGGCUUCCACAGCUCAGCUCCAGGAGCCAACCUGUGUCUAGGCUCGGGCGUGCAUGGCGGCGUGGACUGGAUGAGGAAGCUGGCCUUCCGCUACCGGCGGGUAAAGGAAAUGUACAACACCUACAAGAACAACGUGGGCGGUUUGAUCGGCGCUCCCAAGAGAGAGACGUGGCUGCGGCUGCGAGCGGAGCUGGAGGCUCUCACGGACCUCUGGCUGACACACUCCCUCGAGGCGCUAACCCUCAUCCAGUCCCGGCCCAACUGCGUCAACGUGCUGGUCACCACCACUCAGCUCAUCCCUGCGCUGGCCAAAGUCCUGCUGUACGGACUGGGUUCUGUCUUUCCCAUCGAGAACAUCUACAGUGCAACCAAGACAGGGAAGGAGAGCUGCUUCGAGAGAAUCAUGCAAAGGUUUGGGAGAAAAGCAGUCUACAUUGUCAUCGGAGACGGCGUGGAGGAGGAGCAAGGAGCCAAAAAGCACAACAUGCCCUUCUGGCGGAUAUCCUGCCACGCUGACCUGGAAGCGCUGCGGCACGCCCUGGAGCUGGAAUACUUAUAG